AUGACCAAAACUUAGCUGUGAAAGCAUUUGUUUUUUUUUUUAAAUCGAAGAGUCAAGAGACAUAUUUGAUCAAGUUGGCUGAUCAGUGUGGCAGAUUGACCUCCAUGGGUUUUCCUUUUCCCCCAAAGAAUAUAUUCCAUCAUGUCAGCCAAAUGGUGCAAACACACAGAUGAAAUAAUAAAAAAGAUUUGGUCUGCAAUAUUUCUUUGUCUUUUACAGGCUAUAAAUAGAGAGCUCAAAAUGCAUUAUUUUUCAUCCCAUUGCAGCCUUGCAGGAGGAGUGGAGAGAGAGAGAGAGACAGAGAGAGAGAGAGGAAGGGAGGUCUAACAUGAGAGCAAGAGCCUAGUUUGGUAGCCAAGGAUGACUUGCCUGCUCUACCAGAGAGAUCAAUUCUCCAUUGGUGUAACUUUGUUGGAUUGGAAGCUUCUGUUUGGCCAGGCAGUCAUCCAGGCUAAACUGACAGGCUCUUCUUCCUCAUGCCAGGCCUUCCCUUCUUCCAUGAUCAGAACUGGAGAAAUGAGGGUUCUUUCUUGAAGAAAAGCAAUUAGAGAGAAACCAGUUCAUCAAAAAUGUGGGAACUUCAAUCGGAUUGGUACUCCCCUACUCGCCUGAACAGCAACCCCAUUACCCAAUACGACUUUCCGGGAGAUCGGUUUAUACCCAAUAGGAGUUUGAUGGAUCUUGAUCAAGCCCGCAGUUUACUGUCAAACAGGACAACACCAAACCGGAACUCGAAUUUCAAUGAGGUGUACAGGAAGAGCAUAGAGGACAAACUGACUUUGGAUUCAGAAGGGAACCCAUUUAGGAUGUUGGUUUUUAGGGGAAGUCCAAAAUCAAACAGAAAGUCCAUUCGUUGUGUUGAUCUGAUGCGACAGGAUGAGGCAAAGGAAUUGGAUGGUAAUGGUAAACACCAUCAGCCUCGAAGAUUGCCUAAGGUACUGCAAACAUAUCACUUUUUCCUUCCCAUUUCCUUCUUGUUUUGCUCUCUGUUAUUACUUUGUUCUAAGUGUGGAAUGCUGAAGGGGGAAGCUAGAAUUCUGGAUGCACCAAACAUAAGAAAUGACUUUUACAUGAGCACCAUGGAUUGGGGGAAGAACAAUGUCAUUGCAAUUGCUUUAGGCAAAGAUUUAUUCCUUUGGAACGCAGAGAACCGAGAGGUUCAUAAGCUGUUGCAAGUUGAUGAUCUGAAUGAUUUUCCAUCAAGUGUAGCCUGGUCUCAAGAUGCCAAAACUGUAGCAGUUGGAUUUAGGCGUUCAAAACUCCAAUUGUGGGAUGCUGAGACUUCUAAGCUUGUUAGAAGCCUAGAAAACCACAAGGACAGGAUAGCAAGCAUUACAUGGAAUGGCCACACAUUAACAUCCGGCAGCCGCGACAAGUCCAUCAUCAACCAUGAUGUCAGAGCGGGAAGCAAUGUGACUUGCCGUUUACGGACACACACUGAAGAAGUCUGUGGUUUGAAAUGGUCAGGAGAAGGCAAUGUAUUGGCAAGCGGCGGCAAUGAAAAUCUUCUGUACAUAUGGGACUCUUCCAAAAUGAACUCACAGAGAUUCUUGUUUCGUCUUAAAGACCAUCGUGCUGCAGUCAAGGCCCUUGCAUGGUGUCCUUAUCAGUCUGAAGUGCUAGCCUCCGGGGCAGGCACGAAAGAUGGGUGUAUUAAGAUAUGGAACACAAAAAAGGGAACCUGCAUCAAAAGCAUUGCUACCGAAGCUCAGGUUUGUGGACUGGAGUGGAACAGGCAUCACAAGGAGAUAAUGAGUGGCCAUGGCUAUAGUGCAAGCGAGCUCAUCAAGAAUCAGCUCUGCCUUUGGAGGUAUCCCUCCAUGGAUAAAGUCGGAAGCUUGAAUCGCUACACAUCCAGAGUCCUUCAUCUUUCUCAGAGCCCUGAUGGGUUAACUGUGGUAUCAGCUGUGGCAGAUGGCUCUCUUCGAUUUUUGGAGGUCUUUGGACCACCAAGCAUUGACAAAUCAAGGAUCUCCCCUCUGGAUGGUCUAUUGUCUCUUAAGAUUUCUCCCAUAAGAUGAUAUGAAUACAAGAUGAGCAACUUUAUAUUUUGUAGAAAACCACAGAGAAAUACAUGCUCCCCUAAGAUCUUAAAUUCUAUCUACUCGGGUGAAAUAAAAUUUAGUACAUGCCGCCCAAACUCGAAUGACCUCUGUAUGUAUCACAUUUACUGCAAACCAGAAGGCAACCAACCCAAAAUUGUUUCCGGUUUUUCUUCACUGCCAGCAAAAUAAACUGAAUUCAUUCA